CGAGGGAAAACUAGCAGUAGCGGUUUUCUAGUUGAACGAUUCGGUGGGGGAGAAACAACUACUCAAACGGUACGCCAGUGGCCACUGGAGCAGUGAAAUUAUUAUUGGAAAACUUCAACGGAAAAGAAGUGUUUUUUUUUUGGUUUGAUCGUAAAUUAAUUGGCAAAGUUGUGAACAAGAGACUGCUGACCGCUUGGAUAAACGCGGUCAGUCGGAAUUGGACUAUCGAUUCCCCAAAAGUGAGUGAAAUUUACGUCUCACGAUAAGAGUUGAAGAAGCCCAAUAAUUUUUGGAAAUAAUUAGAUUAAUAUCAUCUUAUAUCGAGAGAUUUAAUGAUAUCAGUGUGGUGAAAAGGUACCCCUAAUCAACAACGUCAACAUGCCCAAUCUUAGGCUCGAUUCACUCCCCGAACCCGGCAAUCGCUACAGACUUGGUGAAAUCAUCGGGGUGGGAGUGUGUGGCAAGGUUUAUAAAGCAGUGGAUACGCAAGCCGGCAAUAAGAUCGUUGCCGUCAAGAUACAGAGGUACGAGGCGGAGAUAAGGACCGCCAUUCAGGAGGAGUAUCGCAUACUACGGGACUAUUCGAACCAUCCAAAUCUGCUCGACUUCUAUGGCGUCUACCGGAAGAAGAUCCCUGGCGAAUCGGAUGAAAUUUGGUUCAUAUUGGAGUACUGCGAAUAUGGUCCAGUAGUGGACAUUAUCCGGAGAAUAAAGAUCGCGAACAAACGGAUCGCCGAGGAGCAUUUGGCUUUCAUACUUCGUGAAACCGCAAAAGCACUGGUUUAUCUUCACGACCAUCACGUUAUCCAUCGGGAUGUUCGGGGCAGUAAUAUUUUGCUAACCAAAGACGGUGAGGUUAAGUUGUGUGAUUUUGGUAUUUCGCGAGAUUUCAAGUCAACACUUGGCAAACGUGGAACGUGCAUUGGAUCACCUUGCUGGAUGGCACCGGAGGUUAUAACCAGCUCCAAAAAUGACGACGAAGCCUACGACAACAGGUCGGACGUUUGGGCACUCGGGAUUACAGCCAUUGAGCUGGGCGAUGGUAACCCACCGUUCGGGGAUAUGCAUCCCACGAGGAUAAUGUUCCAAAUUGUGAGAAACCCACCGCCGACAUUGUAUCGGCCAGCGAAUUGGACCCAAAACUACAACGAUUUUAUUGCCGAAUGUUUGGAGAAAAAUGCCGAUCACCGUCCGUUCAUGGUGGAAAUAGUCGAGCAUCCCUUCUUCACGGAACUUCCGGAAAAUGAUUUUCACAUUCAUAAAGAGCUCGGAAUGCAGGCGGAUUCGGUUCGUGAUAUCGAUCUACCCCCAAAGGAUGACGUGAAGCUGAUCGAAGGGGAGCUGAGAGCAUCGGACAAUAGAAUCGAAAAGAUGUACGUCGAGGAUUUGGCUGCCCUGGAAGCCAUUUCGGAAGAGGCAAUCUUGGAUGAGCUGAGCCAUCGGUACAAGAAUGGUUCCACCUACACAUUCGUGGGUGACAUUCUUAUCUCGAUGAAUCCGAACCGGAAAAUGCCGGAGUACUCCCGGGCGUUCCACAGCAAGUACUCGUGCAAAUCCCGCUCGGACAACGCUCCCCAUAUAUUCACCAUUGCCGACAGUGCCUUCCAGGACAUGCAACACCACGAAGAGCCGCAGCACAUUAUCGUGUCCGGCGAGAGCUACUCGGGAAAAACAACCAACGCCAAGCUGUGCAUGAAGCAUCUAUCCGUGCUGGGUGAGGGAAAUCCUGGCGUCUAUCAGCGAAUCGAAUCCGGCUACAAGGUAAUAUCGGCGCUGGUCAACGCCGGAACGCCACUAAAUCCCGACGCCACCCGAAGUAUCGUUCAGGUUCAGAUGACUUUCGGGACGACGGGCAAAUUGUCCGGUGCAAUUUUCUGGGUGUAUCUGCUGGAAAAGUCACGAAUUUCAUCGACCAAUAUGAACCAAUCCAACUUCCAUAUAUUCUACUACUUCUACGAUAUGAUGGAAGCGGAGGGCCGCCUGCGAGCUUAUUCUCUCGAGCGGGGAAGGAAUUAUCGCUAUCUGCGCAUUCCCGAAUCGAGCGCUGGCGAUAAGCUAAAAUACUGCCGCAAUGAUGUGCCGGGAAACGUGCAGGCGUUCAAGGAGUUCGAGCAGUUGCUGCUGGCGCUCGAGUUCUCGCCGGAAAUACUUGAAACUGUGUAUCGGACGCUGGCGGCGAUUUUGAUGCUGGGCGAGGUCCGAUUCAGGGAUACCGAUGGCGUGACCGAGUUGGAUGGGCUGGUUGUUCCUAGCAAGGUGGCUGCCCUCCUGCAGCUGGAUGAGAAGAAGUUUCAAUGGGCUCUGAUGAAUUAUUGCGUUAUUAUCAGGGGAUCGGCUGAAAGGAGACGACACUCGCCGGAUGAAGCGCGUGAUGCUAGGGAUGUGCUGGCAGCGACCAUUUACAGCAGAUUGGUUGACUGGAUUAUCAAUACGAUCAACCACAAGCUGUCGUUUGGAAGGGCUAUUUAUGGUGACGUACAUUCAAUAACCAUUACUGAUCACUUUGGGUUCGAAUGCUUCCAUCGAAACCAUAUGGACCAACUAAUAGUAAACUCGCUGAACGAACAAAUGCAAUAUUUAUAUAACCAACGAACAUUUGUCUACGAAAUGAUUGAACAGGAAGAAGAGCAAGUGCCGGUGACCCAGUUGCACUUCUACGACAACAAGCUGGCCGUCGAUCAUCUUAUGAACAAACCAAAGGGUAUCUUCAGUUUUAUUGACGACGCCAGCCGUGGUCGCCACGGCCAGAACUACAUAAUCGACUCGGUCCACAACAACAACAGUCCGUUCAUAAAGCGUGCCAGCGGACAUGAGUUUACGGUGGCCCAUUACACCGGCCGGAUCACGUACGACGCUCGGGACAUGGCCGAUAAGAACCGCGAUUUCAUUCCGCCUGAGAUGAUCGAGACGCUGAGGAACUCGAACUUGAACAUCGUGAAGAUAAUGUUUACGAAUCCACUAUCGAAAACGGGUAAUCUUACGAUGGCAGCCGAGGAAGCCGAAGGAGUCCAGUCGACAGCUAAAACCAACAAAAAGAAGCGCUGGGGAGCCGCCCUAGUCGCGGAAAAAAGCAAGGCCAAGAGGAUGAUGAAUACUCUGUCCAGAGGGCUGUACUCACAGGUACACAAGAUGCGUACCAUUGCGAACGUAUAUCGGGGCACCAGUUUGGAGCUGAUUCGCAUGUUGGCCAUUGGACCGAACAGUGGAGGAACCCAUUUUGUGCGGUGCAUCCGCUCGGACUUGGAGUACCAACAGAAUGGCCUGUCGAAAGAGAUGAUACGCCAACAGAUUCGGGCAAUGGCCAUUAUCGACACGGCGAAGGCCCGCCAAAAGGGGUUCUCUCACAGGAUUCCUUUCCAGGAGUUCCUGAGGCGUUAUCAAUUCUUGGCGUUCGAAUUCGACGAGAAUGUUGAGAUGACAAGGGACAAUUGUCGUCUGUUGUUGGUUCGUUUGAAGCUGGAAGGCUGGGUAAUUGGAAAAACCAAAGUGUUUCUGAAAUAUUAUAACGUCGAAUAUUUGUCGCAUUUGUACGAGACCCAAGUUAAGAAGAUCAUAAAGGUUCAGGCAAUGAUGCGAGCAUUCCUCGCUAAGCGAAAUAUUGUAUCCAAGUUGAAAAACUUCGCGCGUCAAUCCGUUAACAAAAAACAACAAGGACUGAAGAAACAGACCAGCGUGGAAACUCCAGAGCAAGCGGCCACCAUGAUUCAAACGGCAUUCCGAGGACACAUUGCUCGCAAAAAGUAUCAACCACUGAUCAAUGAACGCACCGGGAAACUGGAUAGGGACACUGCUGAAUUUCUGAAACCGUUCGCGUAUCGCUGGAGGAAGAAAUCGAUUUAUCAAAUCCUGCUACAGUAUCGUGCUGCCCGCUAUCAGGAAUUAGUUAGCUUUUCGCAACAGGUUCACAUCUUCAAUCAACGUUUCGUCGCUGGAACUACCACUUGUAGCAACUGUAUUAUGCUGGAAAAGAUUGACCACAACCAACGCAACAGGGCUCUCCUGGGUCCGGUUCGCCCAUCGGUUUGGAAACUCCGCUUCCGGCUCGAUGACAUACCAUUUUUCGACACUACGUACUUGUGCGACCCGACUGCAUCUAACUAUGUAUACACCGGCAACGACUCCGACACCGAGGACUGGGACGCACCACUCAGAAGACGGCAGAAUCUUUCUUCGGAAAUCACCCAUUCUACCCAGCGUGGCGAAACGGUUAACUACGGACUAGCUAAUGUACCGUUCCACCGUGAUCCUAGCCUUCCGAUUAGAAGACCAUCCCCACGUCCCAGUGUUGACUAUUCGGUUGCAGGCUACGGCCAAGGGAAGAUGUCGUCGGUGUACUCCCCCAUACCCUAUGGUCGCCAAAACAUGGACAAUUGUCGAAAUAAGUAUUCGAUGUCGGGUAUGGAUGAAUGUAUGCCAAAGGCAGCCGUGUACAAGAAACGUCCAGCGCCGAAAGCUCCGAUUAUGGUGGAUAAUGGGUCAUGUCCACCACGGGACAGAAGUUUUAAGAAACGACCCGCCCCGCAACCUACCAAGCAAUGGGAACCCCGUUCGGGUUCGGAUUAUGGAUUUGAGUGCAAUAUAACCCCGUCGAAGGUGAACCCCAUCAAGGAGAUGCAACUGAUAGGCAGGAGGAACACUGAAGAAAAUGAUAACUCGGACGACGAGCCGCCAUUCAACUUCCAAGGUUUGCUCCGCAAGACCAACUAUAACAGAGCAUCGAUGAAACGGUCGGUCAGCGAUAACCGCAUGUCUGUCACCAACAUUGACUUUGACGAUUGCAACAACAACAAUAACAACAGCAAUAAUUUGAAAAAAUCAAACAAAAGCUACUUCAAUCGUUCGGAAGGAAACGUAGUCUACCAGAGUAAGGUGAUCGAAAAUCGGCCCAAGUCCUGCCAAGAGCUGGAGAAGAACGACAAAGGUCCAACGCCGUCCCAGCGUAAACUUUCGCUCUCCCAUGACCCGAUGAUGUCCAAAGAGCCGAAGGCAGGGCACUCGCGUAGUCAUUCACCCUCGCCGUUCGACGAAAAUAAGAACAACUACGUACAAGAGGAAAUCGCCCCCGGGAUCUUCAUCGAGGGAUAUGUUGCUGAUCUUUAAAAGGCAUCCAGUAUUUGCGUCGUAUUUAUCUCCUGGUUUGUUUAUGUUGAAUAGUAUUUCGCAAGAUUAAAGCUCCUAAACAAAAA